AUAUGAAGGAGAAAUUAAGAGCUAUCUACGAUUCAGUAGACAGAAAAUUCUUUGAGCAAUUUGAGUUCCGCAUGCGAGAGACGAAUGUACGAAAGCUCGCUGUGUAUUUGCACAAGCCAAAGGAUGCGUCGAGUUUAGCUGUUACCAGAAUAUUGUUUGGCAUAGCGAUGUUAUUCGACAUCCCGGACGAGCGCGGGGGCGCGGCGUUGGCUGCGCGCUGGGGUGACCCUAGCACCUGCCGCUUCCCACUGCUGCCCUUCCUCCAGCCGCUCCCGAUGCCGCAUAUGGCUGUCGUCUACGCCGCGCUUUGGUUAGGUGCGCUAGGAAUCGCUCUAGGCUACAAAUACCGCAUCAGUUCUAUCACCUUCACGGCGUGUUUCUGGUAUCUUUUGCUGGUGGAGAAGAGUUACUGGAACAACCACAGCUAUCUCUUCGGCCUUGUCGGCUUCCUGCUCACGUUCACGCAGGCUAACUGCUAUUGGUCCAUUGACGCCUAUUUGAAUCCAGCAUUAUCCUCACCGACUGUCCCGUACUGGAAUUAUUUUAUUCUGAAGUACCAGUUUUUUAUUCUCUACUUCAUGGCGGGCGUAAAGAAAGGCACCGCAGAAUGGCUGACUGGUUACUCUGUGCAGAAUCUAAGUGAACACUGGGUGUUUAAUCCAUUUAAAUUGUUCCUGUCAGUAUCUCAGACUGACUACCUGGUGGUGCAUUGGUUUGUGUUUGCCUUCGACCUGACGGUGGCGGGCUGGAUGAUGUGGUCUCGCUCCCGUCACAUCGCCAUGAUCCUCUGUGCUCUAUUCCAUUUGAUGAACAGCAGACUGUUUAGGAUCGGCAUGUUUCCAUGGGUUUGUUUAGCGACGAUGCCGCUAUUUUAUCCUUUUGACUGGCCAAAUUUAGUAUUCAACCAUGUAAGAGAUUCAUACUCGAGAAGCAAAUCAAUAAUUUGUAAAUACAUGUGCAUGCUACUAACUGACAGAACUGUGCAAAAUAAAAAGGAAACUUUAAAUGAAGAAAAUUCCGAGCAAAUAGAAAAUAACACCAAAGAAAUGUCUGAUGAAGAUUCAUCAAAGAUUGCAGUUGACGAAACUCUUAAAGCAAAGAAGGAAAACAAUAUUGAUACCGAAAAAAUUGAUAGUACAAAUUCGUCAGAAACUGCCGAAGCUGAUCAUACUGACAGAGAUGUGAACGAAGGAAAAAGAAUAUUGACGUGUAUUUUAAUCGGAAUUUACGUAUUUAUACAAGGUUUUCUACCUUUUUCGCACUUCAUUACUAAGGGUUACAAUAAUUGGACGAAUGGUCUUUACGGAUAUUCUUGGGAUAUGAUGGUUCACACGUGGGAUAUGGAUUCGGUUGUGGUGAAAGUAGUCGAUAACGAAAAUAACAUAGAGUUCUACGUCGAGCCACACCAUUUCACGCCUAAUGAACGCUGGUCCCGGCACGGCGACAUGGUGCACCAAUAUGCGCGAUGCAUCAAAAACAAUAUAUUAACAGAGUCUAGAAAAAGAAAAUGGAAUGACGAAGGCAAUCACCUUAAUGAUAAUAUCUCAAUUUAUCUCGAUGUCUGGUCCUCCUUAAAUGGUAGAUUCACUCAGCGAAUGUUUGAUCCGAAAGUUGACUUAUUGAAUGUUUCGUGGUCUCCAUUUACCCCUGUAUCUUACUUGAUGCCGCUCCUCGACGAGGGUCUGAGCUGGAGGGAGCACUUGCUGCACGUGAGGGAUACUGUACACUCGUGGAAUAACAACAGUGACGUCAUUUUUCUUGCCGAUUUUCCUGGGUAUGAAUACGAGAAAUAUGUACCCGAAGAAUUAAAGAAUGUCACCCUCACUGUGUUAGAGGGACGUGUCGUGUACGAACCAGAAACUGCACCGGACCUGAUCGGCAGAUCCUAUCAGCUCCGGACUGGGGACGAAAUCGAACUGACUUCUGGGAUUUUCCACAAGAUUCUAAAUGUCGGUGACGCUCCCGCCUAUUAUAUGUACACGUUUUAUAACAGCUCGGCAGUUAACCAUUCUCUAUCCAAGCCAAUACCAAAGUUACCUAUUGUAAUGGAGCUACAAAGACGUUUCAACAAUAUGGCAAAGUUUGCAAAUGAUAUUAUUACAAGCUUAAUUCAAUUAUUAUUUAAUGUUUCCAAAUGUUUUGUUCAACAAUGCGAAAAUUAAUAAAUUAGCUUAAUACCUUUGGUGUCGAUAUAAUUAACAUAUUUUGUGCAACACUACGCUUGUAAACAUUCAUUAAUAAAGGUCUAGUGUUAUUUUAAUA